AAAAUGCAUGGAAUAAAAAGAAUAAUAGUUUUUUGUACAUUAACAACUAUUUUACCAAUUAUACUUCUUAUAACACCAUUGUAUUUACGUCACAAUUUUUAUGCCAAUGUAGUAUAUGCUGUAACAGAUUCUGACAUAUUAGAAGUUACAGAUGGUAUUUCUACAAUAUUUUGCUCUGCUCAUACUUUACAAAUGAAUAGAACAUUUAAUGCAUUUCAAAUGACGCAAAGACCAAAGAUAACUUCAUACAGGAAACAUAUACGUCUUAAGAAAAGUAUGACUUUACCAGAUGAUACACUAGAGUAUUGGGGAUUUUAUCUUUUAGAAGGAGCAAAUGUAGCACUUUCGGUAUGCUCAAGAUUUCAAGGUGCUUCUAUACUUGUGGUUAAAGGAGAACGCAAUUUACGAACAUGUGGUGUGUUGGAACAUCAUAAUACACAAGUUGUAGAAGGUAUAUUUUUACCAGAAGCAAAGAGACAAGUUAAAGUAACAUUUAAAUCGGAUAUAGAAGAAAUUAAUUCUAAUAAUACUAUUACACAAGUCAAUUAUAAUGAUACAUUAAAUGAUAUUGAAAAUAAGCUAUUAUGGAAUAUUAGCACAAAUAAUACUGAGCAAGAUAUUAUAAAUCUUUAUUCAUAUCCAAAAGAAAAUCUUACAUUUAAUAAGGAAAAUCAUGAAAAGGAAUCAAACAAAUUACUUUGGGAUGAAAAUACUCAGCAAUACAUGAAAUCUAUACAAAGAAAAACUGUAUACAAUACCAGAAGAUUAAGACAUGCUAAAAAGAGACAAUAUAAAGAACAAAUGAAAGAAAGAAGGAAAUAUGUUGUAUUGCAAGAAAGAAAGAGAACACAAGGAAAUAUUAAAAUCAAAACUUACAUUAAAAAGGAUACAAAUGAUAAACAUAGUUUAAUUAUAAAUAAGUUGCAAAGGAAAUUAAAUUUAGAUGAAAAUAAAGAAGAUAAUAUUCAAAAUGGAAUAAAAAUACAAGACAAAAUAUUGGAAAAAAGAAUUAAAAGAAAUCAAGAAGUUGUCAAACCAACAUUUUUACUGGAUCAAGGUGUUAAACAUGGUGGAAAUGCUGGUAAAAAUGCAACUGAUACUGAUAAUGAUUCUUCUGUAUCUAGCUUUGAAAAUGAAUUGUUUAAAUGUUAUGGAGGCUCAAUUUUAAUGGCUCAAGAAUUUGCACCUUCUGAACAGUGUACCAAUGUUACAUAUUUACUUAAUGGUAAACAUAUGCAAGCAGUACAUAAUGUUGUAGAAGAUGGUUACUAUUAUUAUAUCUUUUAUAGUGAUAAUGAUAUUGUAUCUAAUGAUAUAUAUGCAUUAUUUGAUAUCUAUAAACCUAUAUUUCAUUAUGGGAAUGUAACAAAGUCUUGUAUAAAUCAAACAAAAUGUUCUUUUUCAAUAAGUUUAUUAUCUUCUGAUAGAGUAAUUGUUGAAGUACCAACGAAAGAUGAUCUUGAAUACGAAAUAGAUAAUGUUAAUUUACUUUUAUCAGUUUGUCAUCCACGUAUGGAAGUAUACAUAAUUUUUCCUGUUGCAGUAUUAUUCUUUAUUCUUGGUUGUGCUUUUAUGUAA